GUGAUUCAUUGAUCAUUACAGCACUGUCAUCCAUUGAAAACGAUAAGAAUCUUGAUUUUUUUUAAUGUGUUUGUAUAUGUAAAUCAUAGAUAUUCUUUUUUUUUGAUUAUUUCAUUAAUGUGACGCCCAACGUGGCGACAUUAUUUGAUAUCAUCAUCAUCAUCUUAUUCAAUACAAUUUGAUUAUUAUCAUCAUCAUCAAUAUCAUUCAUAAUCAUGUAUUUAUUAAUUACAAAAACAACAUCAUCAUCAUCAUUAUCAUCAUCAUCAUCAUCAAAAACAACAACAACAUCAUUAUUCGUAUGGCUGUUAAGUCAGAUAUUAUUUGGCCAAUUACAAAUGGCCAUGUUGGUACAUGCUACUGGUGGUACCUGGAUAAAUCUUGGAAUGCAAGGGAUCUCAUUGACCAAUAAUGAAUUGUAUCCAACGGAUCUAAGUUCAUAUGAAUUGAAUACAUUGGGCAAUAUGAAUUCCGGAUCAAUGUCACCAAAUUCCUAUAUGUUAGUUAAUGGUGAUGGUAAUGGUGUUAAUUCGGUUUUGUCUACAAAUGGUUUUGGACAAGUAACAUCAACGGCAACAGGAUCCGGAAGCCAUAGUAUGUUUGGUAAUAAUCAUUAUGGAAUGGAUUCAUCAGAAAUUAAUUCCGGUAUUAUUGGAAAUGUUGGCGGAAAUCCUGUACCAUAUGGUACAAACGGAAAUAAUAAUUCUAACAAUAAUAACUAUUAUAAUAAUAAUGAUUAUAAUAAACAACAAAAGAAAAAAUUAUUUUGCAAUGAACUAAAAGGUCUUAGCAAAGGACAGACACAAUUAUGUAAUCUUUAUCAAGAUCAUAUUCCACAUAUUGGACGUGGUGCACGUUUAGGUAUUAAUGAAUGUCAAUAUCAAUUUAAAAGUCAACGAUGGAAUUGUUCAACAGUAGAUGAUAGUUCAGUGUUUGGACAUGUUCUCAAUAUUGCCAGUCGAGAAUCAGCAUUUGCACAUGCUAUUUCAGCUGCCGGUGUUGUAUAUGCUAUUGCACGUGCAUGUCGUGAUGGACAAUUAUCGCAUUGUAGCUGUGGACGUUCAGCAAGACCUAAAUCAUUGAAUCAAGAAUGGAUCUGGGGUGGAUGUGGCGAUAAUCUUGAUUAUGGUUAUCGUUUUUCCAAAAGUUUUAUCGAUGUUCGUGAAAAAGAAAAGAAUCUACAGAAAGGUUCACGUGAAUUGGCAAGAAAAUUGAUGAAUUUACAUAAUAAUGAAGCUGGAAGAAGGGCUGUUAUACGUAAAACGAGAGCAACAUGCAAAUGUCAUGGUGUAAGCGGUUCAUGUUCAGUUGUAACCUGUUGGCAACAAUUAUUAAGCUUUCGUGAAGUUGGCGAUUUUUUAAAAGACAAAUAUGAUGGUGCAACCGAAGUACGUUUAAAUAAACGAUCAAAAUUACAGGUUCGACAUCCUAGUUUUACAAGGCCAACGGCCGAAGAUUUAUUAUAUAUUGAUGAUUCGCCCGAUUAUUGCGAUCAUAAUAAUAAAACGGGUACAUAUGGUACACAAGGACGUUAUUGUAAUCGUACAUCUAAAGGAACUGAUGGAUGUAAUCUAAUGUGUUGUGGACGAGGUUACAAUACACAAAAAGUAACGGUAAAAGAACGUUGUAAUUGCAAAUUUCAUUGGUGCUGUUAUGUUGAAUGUAAAACGUGUACACGAACUAUUGAUCUGUAUACGUGCAAAUGAUCAUGAUCAUCAUAGCCAUCA